ACAAGCUACUACACGGCGGCGACCCGAGCACCUGCAACUGCGGCAAAGGAACGAAAAAUGGAUAGUUACUACUUGGAACAGGUUACCAUCACUGAGGGAUCCGAAGAUGAUUACCAGUAUGAGGAGAUCCCAGCUGAUGAUGAUUUCAGUAUUUCAGAAGGAGAUGAAGACCUUUCAAGGACAUUGAAAACCGUUCAAGAGCAAGCUGAGGACAGUCAUGUUCUUGCAUCCUUGCAGACCUCACAAAUACCAGUGGCUCACAGACCUGAAGUGGUGGAUGAUUUUGUCCGUAAUUUUUUGAUCAAAAUGGGGAUGAUGAAAACCUUGGAAUCAUUUCAGAUGGAAUGGUAUGAGAUGAUGGAAAAGGGCCUCUUGCAAUCAGAAGGUGCAGGACUAGUUCCAGAUGUUUAUGCUCAGAACCAGAUUUUAGCUACAGAGAUAAAGAAUUUAAAGAAGGAAGUGGCAACAUAUAAAGCAGCUGCAAGUAAAGCUAAGGAAUCUAUGAUAAAACUGCAGAAAGAGCGAGACUUUCACCGAAUGCAUCACAAGCGUGUCGCUCAAGAGAAAAAUAAGCUGAUUAAUGACAUCAAAAGACUAAAGAUUCACUAUGCAUCAUAUGAGCCACUUUUGAGACAGCUGCAUGAGAAAUAUCAGACAGUCCUGCGGCAGAAGAUGUUGAUCACCCUGGAGCGAGACAGAGCUGUUGGCGAGGUGACGGGUCUGCAAGCAACUUUAAAAACCCUUGAUUCUGGCAGUAAUUUGGAAUUGUCUUUGAGAAAAGAUGAGAUCAUACACAAAAAACAGAGUGGGUCGACUCAAAAAGCAAUUCAAGAGGCUAGAGAAAAAGAGCUUCUGCAGGAGGGGAUAUCGCCAUACAACCCAGCCAAGGAUCCAAAUAAACAAAUAGGAAAGAGACACCCAAAGGACUCAGAAUUUCCUCGGGAUAACAGAGUUAAUCCUCGCCUAUCUAUGUUGAAAGGGAAGACCAGCCACCUCCUCAAAACAGAUGCAUUUCGUUUGGAAAAAACUUUGAAAGUGCAUGAACUGGCAGUGAGCAGGUAG